AGAAGCACCCAUCUUGAUCAUGGUUUGUUUAUUCUGGUAAUUUUUGAGUAUGUGACAUUUCAUUCUACUAGAAUAAAAUUGUCUGAAACUUGGAGUGACGAAACAUGUCUCAGUCAGGUGAAAAAAUAAAGUUUUCCGACUCAGCAGGCUAUGUGGGAUUCGCUAAUCUGCCCAACCAGGUUCACAGGAAAUCUGUGAAGAAGGGCUUUGAAUUCACACUGAUGGUGGUUGGUGAGUCUGGCUUAGGAAAAUCCACUUUAAUUAACAGUCUGUUCCUGACUGAUCUUUAUCCAGAACGUUAUAUUCCUGGAGCUGCAGAGAAAAUAGAGAGAACAGUUCAAAUUGAAGCUUCUACAGUAGAGAUAGAGGAGCGAGGGGUGAAACUGCGUUUAACAGUAGUUGACACACCGGGAUACGGAGAUGCCAUUAACAGCCAGGACUGCUUCAAAACAAUUAUCCAGUACAUUGACAACCAGUUUGAAAGAUACCUUCAUGAUGAGAGCGGUCUAAACAGGCGCCACAUUAUAGACAACAGAGUCCAUUGCUGUUUUUACUUCAUCUCUCCCUUUGGGCAUGGACUGAAACCAUUAGAUGUAGAAUUCAUGAAGGCUCUUCAUGGAAAAGUCAACAUUGUCCCUGUGAUUGCCAAGGCUGACACGCUGACGCUGAAGGAGAGAGAAAGGCUGAAGAGAAGAGUUCUGGAUGAGAUUUCUGAACAUGGCAUUAGGAUUUAUCAGCUCCCCGAUGCAGAUUCUGAUGAAGAUGAGGAGUUUAAAGAACAAACCAGAGUUUUAAAGGCUAGCAUUCCCUUUGCUGUUAUUGGAUCCAAUCAACUUAUUGAGGUGAAAGGGAAAAAAAUCAGAGGCCGUCUGUAUCCCUGGGGAGUUGUUGAAGUUGAAAAUCCAGAACACAAUGAUUUCCUUAAACUGCGCACAAUGCUGGUAACGCACAUGCAGGACCUGCAGGAGGUCACCCAAGAUUUGCACUACGAGAACUUCCGUUCGGAGAGGCUAAAACGAACUGGCAAGCCUGUUGAAGAAGAAGUGGUAGACAAGGAUAGAAUCCUUCAGCAGAAAGAGGCUGAGCUGCGCCGCAUGCAGGAGAUGAUUGCACAAAUGCAAGCCCAAAUGAGGAUGAAGCCUGGUGAUGAUUAAGAUGCUUAACAUCAGGAUCAUCAGUAUACAGAUCUCUAAGUGGAUGGGUGCUCUGUUUUCUUUGACCGAAUGGUAACGUUCAAAUACAAAAGCUGGAUGCCGCAGAUCAAGACCUGCGUUAAAACAAACACAAAGUCUGAAGAUCGUGUUGUAAAACGGCUUGUUUUAUAUAUUCAAUGUUAAUCAAGUUAUAUUGUAUCUUUUUUGAUUCUUUUGGUAACACUGUCUUCAUACUUCUAAAUGUGGUUUUAUUAUCCUUCCUAUACCCUUUUUAUACCAAAACUGAUAGAAUACACCAUUUGGAGUAGUCAUUGUGGUGGUUUAAGGAGUUAAUUGUGUAUCUGGUAGGUUAUUCUGAACAGUGUUGUGAUUAAUACUAAAAGACUUUGUGGCCUGUUUACAGUAAACGUAUGUGUGUUUGCACAGUAUCGUAACUUUCACUUGCCAUUUUAAGUCAUUGUGUAUCGCAUCAGUUUUUCAUAACUUUCUCUAUGCUUUUGUUACUUUUGAAGCUUCGUCUCUGGUGAUUUAUAUUUGUGUGAUGUAUGAGAAAAUGUACAAAACACUUGAUGAUUCACCAGUGGUGCAAAGAAGCUGACUUUUCUAAAUCAUCGUGCCUUAACAUACCAUAAACACUACACAUGCCAACAACUUCUGUGAAUGCCUCUGAAGAUUUGUCUUCAGGUCUCAAGUAUCGAUUACAAGAAUUGCUGUCACAGGCAUUUUUAUCUGUCGGCUGAGCGAUGGCAUGUGCUGAACUUUUUAUAUACCAUAACACUAAUUUUCAUUGAAGUUUUGUAAUAAAUUUUAGCAAU